AUGGGGGUUGUGAACGGUGGUAAGAUGAAGUGCGAUGAUGAUGAAGGUGGCCUGUUUGAUGGUAGUGAAGGUUAUGUGACAACAAAGUUUACUGAUGGUGUUGUGAUGUUCGAUAUUCGGGUUUCUAAAGGAGAUAUGCAAGAGAAGAGAAAGGCAGAGGUGUUUAGCAGCGACUGUAAUGGUCUCAGUGGUCAAGGUGUGGUGGGUAACUGCGUCGAAUAUGGGAGGAAUUUUAGAUCUUUCUCCACUCCACUUUGCCCUACUCCCCCGUUUCCCCCUUCUCAGCUGAGCCUGUGCUAUCAGUCAAAGCUCUCUCUCUUUCUCUCAGGUGCUUUAUUUCCUAUGGCGUUUGCAAAUUUUCAUGGACUUAGAGCUCUGCAAAUUUCUUCACGAGAAAGCAUUUUCAACCAUGGAAGCUGCCACACACGAACUGAUACAUCCAACAGUAGAUGUUUUGCUGUCAAGGCUUGCAGUAAGAAACCUGAUCAAAACAUUCAUCUUGAAUCUAAGUUAAAUUGGGUGUUGGACAGUGUGAAAUGGGAUGAAAAGGGUUUGGCUGUGGCUAUAGCUCAAAAUGUUGAUUCAGGGGCAAUUUUAAUGCAAGGAUUUGCCAAUAGGGAUGCACUUGCUACCACAAUUGCUUCCAAAAAAGCAACUUUUUAUAGCAGAUCAAGAUCUUCAUUGUGGAUAAAAGGAGAAACUUCUCUUAAUUUCAUCAAUGUUCAUGAUAUCUUCCUUGAUUGUGAUCGUGAUUCUGUAAGUUCUUUUCUUUCAAUGCAUGUAAUAGUAAUCUACUUUCUUUAA